AUGGUGUACAUUGACGAAGCGAGCUUGACUGCGAGUCAACUCGCAGCAAUCAAGGCUGUGCUCGAAGCACAGAGCUCAAGCAAGCCCGGCUGGCUCGAUGCUCCAGCAACUCUCUGGAACAUCUGGCUCGGCCUACUUGGAUCAUUCCUCUGUACCCUAGUCGCUCACUGUCUUGUGGCUGCAAUCCUGGGUCGCGGUCCGUACAGAGAUGGCAGACUUGAUGCCGUAGACAAGGUCAUCAUAAAGUUUUGCACUACACUCGGCGUCCUCACUUUGGUAAUUCCGCUCUCCGUGCCUGGUUUUUGUGUCGCUGUGGUUGUUCUUUCGGUCUGGAUUUUCGCUUUGCCUUUCGGUUGGUUUCUGGAAAAGGAGGUACAUAUCUCGGACGCUGCACAAUGGGUCGCAAGAGCUUGCUACGAAGUCGCAUUAGCGCUUUAUGCUCUGGCUCUUGUGUUCUGGAGGCUCAUUGCCUUUGUUCUUGGAUUUGUUGCAGCUAUCGGCCGGUAUAUUGUCAUACGAGCCGUGGAGUGUCUACAGGAGUCACACCGAAGGCAUAAGGAGGCCGACGAUGCGUACAGCAAAGGUUUAAAGGACUGGAUUAAUAAGUACGACGACAUGCGACUAGUCGAAGGAGUGAUGGUCCACUGGUCGGAUAAAGCCUUGGAGCAUGGGGAAGACGACUGA